GCGGGCAAAGCGGGCUGGCGCCGGGAGAUUCGAGCCGUGAGCGCGGUUCAGACCAUCGGGUCCAGACCAUCAGGUCCAGACCGAACUAACUACAGUGUGGACGGCCUCCACAGCUAGAGCAGCUGGAUUCGUUUGCUUUGUGGUGCCAUGUCGUUUCCCUGCGCGGCCUGUCGGAGCGGGACCAGCUGAGAGUUCACGAUGGAGGCCAUGGAGGUAGACUCCCCUGGGGAGCUGCAGGAAGGAGGCAUCGGACAGCAAGAGGUUGCAGCUGUAGCUGUAGACCAGGCUGAGGACGCCAAUGCACCACAGGUCAUCUCAGACUCCGGCAGCAGCACUGAAGUGGAGGAGGAAGAAGAUGAUGAUGAUGAGACUGAAGGGGGGCGGGCAGCAGCUCGAGUUCCUCCCAGGCUUCCUGCCACCUGGGCGUUUAGUCAGCGGGCGGUGGGCAGGGCUGCAGCUACACCUUCAGCAGCUCAGGGGGCGCCCAUGCGGAGGAGGCUCAGACAGGGCCUCAGGGUGCACUACCCCAGUCAGACGGCAGCACCCUCGAGAGGCUUCCCAGACUUUCUGCUCCGUGCGCCGGCCGCCAGUGUGGCAGAGCCAGAGUCUGGGAGCACCACGGAGGGCAGUGAGUCUGAGGAUGAGGCAGAUGGGGAUGAAGACGGGACAGCUGCUGGUGUGGAGCCCAUCAGCCUUGCCCCCCCUGCUGGUCCUAACCUCAAUGCCACCAUCCAGCACUCUCCGCCACAGGAAGCCAGUACAACCAGCUCCAGUUCAGCUGCAGAUGGUGAGAGGACAGAAGCUCAAAGUCACGAUGGCCAGUCGGCCCCAGCAGCCCUGGCUUCAGUCCAGUCGGCCCACAUUGACGAGAGCGACGGCGACACCUGCACCAUCUGCUUCGAGGCGUGGACUACAGCGGGGGAACACAGAUUGUCUGCUCUGCGCUGUGGACACCUCUUUGGCUUCACCUGUAUCCAGCGCUGGCUGAAAGCUCAGGGCCAGGCUGCUAAAUGCCCACAGUGCAACAAGAAAGCAAAGCGUUCAGACAUUGUGCUUCUGUACGCUCCAAAGUUGAGAGCGCUGGACAACUCUGAGCAGGAGAGCUUAAAGAAAUCUCUGGAGCAGGAGCAGUCUCUGAGGAGGAAGGCUGAGCUGGAAUCAGCUCAGUACAAACUCAAACUGCAGGUUGUCACCAACAAAUAUGGACAAGCACAGCAAGAGCUGCAGGAGCUCAGAGCCCUGAUGGCCCAGACUGGCCGGAGCUCAGUUCCCUCCUCCUCUUCCUCUUCUUCCUCCUCCUCGUCAGCCUCACUCCUCUUCAGUCUGUCUCAGAGGGUGGAUGGCUCCAAGACACUUCAGUACAGCUUCUCCAAGGCAGUGAUGGUGUCUCAGGCUGGAGGCUGCAGGGUUUUAUCCUACUGUGAACCUCUGAGCUGCCUGUUGGCCUCCCAGCCUUCCCCUCACUCCACACUGGUGCCUGGUUGUGGGGUGAAGAAGGUGAGUGUAGUGAACAUGAAGGCCAGUCAGUAUGUUCCAAUACACAGUAAACAGAUCAGAGGCCUGUCCUUCAACAGACAGAACGACAGCCUGCUGCUGUCUGCUGCCCUGGACAACACCAUCAAACUGACCAGUCUGCUGACCAACACAGUAGUUCAGACCUACAACGCAGGUAAACCAGUGUGGAGCUGCUGCUGGUGUUUGGACAACAGUAACUACGUCUACGCUGGCCUGACCAACGGCUCAGUGCUCAUCUACGACACCAGAGACACCAGCACACACGUCCAGGAACUCCAGCCACUACGCUCCAGGUGUCCAGUGGCAUCUCUGUGCUAUGUCCCCCGCGCGGCGUCCAGCUCAUUUCCCUGUGGCGGGCUAAUUGCUGGCUCUCUGGAAGGCGGAUAUUUCUGGGAGCAGGUGAACGAGACCACCUACAGACCACACCUACUGCCGCUGGAGGCUUCCGGCUGCACCGACAUCCAGGUGGAGACGGAGAGCAGACACUGUCUGGUCACAUACAGGCCUGGACGCUCCAACCCAUCUCUGCGCUGCGUCCUGCUGGCUCUGAACAGAACCCCUCAGCAGGACUCUAGCCAGCUGCCCAGCUGCUCCUGCUCUCCCAUGCAGACGUUCAGCGCUGGCUCAUCCUGCAAACUGCUCACCAAGAAUGCCGUCUUCAAGAGUCCAGACGGAGGUGGAAUGCUGGUCUGUGCUGGGGAUGAGGCCUCCAACUCCGCCAUGGUGUGGGACGCCGGCAGUGGCUCUCUGCUCCAGAAGCUUCCAGCUGACCUCCCAGUGCUGGACAUCAGUCCCUUCUCUGUGAACGGUGAGCACUAUCUGGCGACGCUUACGGAGAAGAUGCUGAAGCUCUACAGGUGGGAAUGAAUGAGGAAGACGUGAUGUAUGUGAGCCGCUGGUCUCGUCCACAAGCCAGAAAACGGAACCAAACCACAGGUCCAGAGCACUGGAGGAGGAAGCAGUCUGGGUAGAACUGUGGGAAAUAAGAUGCUGCUAAACUUUUAUUUCUAUGUUUACACACGCAAAAAACAGAUUACUGCAAGUGAUGGGCCGGAGGACAUGUUUUACAUUCAUUGUUUUAAGUUUCUUCCUUUCAAACCCAACAUCUGUGUAUUACUGCGUGAAGCCUGAAUCCAGGGGUGUGGUGGACACUCUUCCUUUCAAAGUAACCAGAUUGUGUUUGCAUGAGUUCGAAGUGUGAUGAACACCGUGUGGUCCGUCCCUCGGUGGUUGGACGCCUGUUUGCAGCAAGUGGUUUUCUCUUGUUUUGAAUGUGACCAAAGCGAUUCUUUGGAGGAGAGCAGUGUCAGUCUUGCAGUUAAAUGACGGACACACCAACGUGUUUGCAACUUGUGUUUGCUGACCAUUUUCAGACUCUGUCCCCAUUAAUUUCUGAACAACAGUAAAAACAUUCAGCAGGUUUAUGAAACUGGUUUAGGUUUUCUAGUCCAUCCCAGUCAGCUUCAGCUAACUGCCAUUUUCUUUAUCAUUUCAUCUGCUGAUUACCUUCUCAGUUACUCCAUUAAUUGAUUUGUCCACGACGUGUCACAAUGUGCUGGCACAGUUUCUGAAUGCUCAAGGUGACCUCUUCAGAUUCCGUCGAAAACCCAAAGAUACGCAUGAGAGAGAGAAGCAGCAAAUUCUCACAUUGAAUUGAGGUUGAACAGUAAAUGGAAAGGAGAUGCUA